ACCACGGUUUUUAUAUAAAUUCAAGGACGUCAACGCCUGCUAUCCGUGUUUUCACUUCUGCAAAAUAUUGUUUGGAAGAAAAAAGAAAAUACCACGGUUAACAACUCUGCAGUAUAUAAUCAUGGUCAAAGCAAAGUCAUGGAUCCUGGCCAAGCAUUUUGAUGGCCCCCCAAAGAAUACAGACUUCAAGCUCCUGGAGGAGGAGCUCCCUAAGCCCAAAGAUGGAGAGGUGCUUUUGGAAGCGGUUUUUCUUAGUGUGGAUCCAUAUAUGAGGCCAUUCAGCGUCCUUUACAUGAAGGAGGGAGACGUGAUGAUUGGAACUCAAGUGGCAAAAGUUAUCCAAAGUCAAAAUCCAGCAUUUCCUGUUGGAAGCUACGUUGUGAGUAAUUGUGGUUGGAGAACACACACAGUAUGCAAUGGGAAGGACCUCAUUCCCAUCAUUUCUGGUUGGCCUCAAGACGUCUCAUUGUCACUGGCUCUGGGAUCCAUCGGCAUGCCAGGACUGACAGCUGUGUAUGGGAUAGAGGAAGUUUUGGGAUUGCAGAAAGGUGAGACCCUGCUGGUGAAUGCUGCAGCUGGAGCAGUGGGCUCUGUGGUGGGACAGAUUGCCAAGAUCAAGGGCUGUAAGGUGGUGGGCUCAGCGGGAUCUGAUGCUAAAGUGGCUUACCUCAAAGACCUGGGAUUUGACGAGGCCUUCAACUAUAAAACUGUCAGCUCCCUGGAAGAAGCACUGAGGAAGGCCUCUCCUGAUGGAUAUGACUGUUUCUUUGAAAAUGUUGGAGGUCUUUUUUCAACUGUUGCUUUACAACAGAUGAAGAACUUUGGAAGAAUAGCCGUGUGUGGAGGUAUCUCCACAUACAAUGAUGGUACACACCAGACAGGGCCUUACCCUCUGGUGACCAUAAACUGGAAGCAGCUUAAGAUAGAAGGUUUCAUGCAAAGCAGAUGGGAACACAAACAUACUGAAAGCUUGCACAGACUGAUGGCAUGGCUGAAAGAGGGGAAACUGCAGUGUCGAGAGCACAUCACAGAAGGCUUUGAAAACAUGCCAGCUGCUUUUAUGGGGAUGCUGCAGGGAGAAAACAUCGGCAAGGCCAUUGUAGCAGUCUGAUAUGUUGCCAGUAAAUUAUUAAAAAUAAUUGCUAUAUGUAAGAGAAAUCAACAUACAUGUAAUUUUCAUGUAAAGUAUCUUUGCAUCACAUAACCAUGACAUUUUUCUGAUCACAGCAAUAAAAAAAACUAAAAUUGAAGAACAGUUUAUAAAUAAUUUCAAGAAUAACUUCAUGAAUUAUUGUUUAAUAGUACAAUCUGACAUAAUAUAGUCUCUGAAAUUAUCAAAACAUAUCGUUUACUGACUGAAACACUCAGUUUAUGUGGACUUCAACAAUAUUUCUGUAACAAUUAUUAAUAUUUGUUGCAUUUGUAUCCAUCUGUGAUUGAAAAACAAUGUUAACCCUAUGAUGCCGUAUGUAUCAUAUUUGAUACAUACAGUCUUUGGGACCUUUUGCAUCAUUUUAUGGUAAAGUCUUGGUUCAAAACUGUGUUGUACACAAUCUGAUGCUUCUGCCCUUUGAGGGAUACAAUAAUAAUACAAUAAUGUCAUACAAUAAUUUUGAGAUAUCACACUGUAAUAAAUGGUAAAUAUGCAAAAAAUAUUUUGUGAAUUAUUUUUACAUUUUGUUAAAAGCCAAAUAAAGACUUCAGAU